GGCCCAAGGACUUUGGCCCAGCCCAAUUCCAUUCUUAGUCUAACCCAAACCCAAUAGCUCCUCCCACCUCACCAAACGCAUCCCGCCAUUACCAGACACUCUCCCUCGCUCUGCAACGAUGCCGGUGACCAUACGUCGCCUUCUCACCGCCACUCUCAGAACCCCGAAUAUUCUCUCUCAUUCACGCCCAGCUCUCUCCUCUCGCCACGUAGUCCCCCAACCCUCAUUUCCGCUCACCCACCCGUCACUCUACCACCGCUUCCUGUCCUCCUCAUCCACCGAAAACCCUAACCCUCCAAACCCGCUCAGAACCCGAACCCCACUAGAAAAGCAAUUCGAGACAUGGGUCCAUAAGCUCAAACCCGGGUUCGGGCCACUCGAAGUCAAGGAGGCCCUGCAAGCCCAAUCGGACCCGGAUCUCGCCCUCGACAUUUUCCGGUGGACUGCCCAGCAGCGCAACUACAAGCACAACCAGGCUACCUACCUCACCAUGGUCAAAAUCCUAAUCGACGGCAAGAGGUUCCGGCAGGCCGAAACCCUAGUGGAAGAGGUAAUCGCCGGAGCUUGUGAAAUUAGCGUGCCUCUUUAUAAUUCCAUGAUUCGAUUUUGCUGCGGAAGAAAGAUGCUUUUCAAUCGUGCGUUUGAUAUUUAUAAGAAAAUGUUGAACUCUGAGGAUUGUAAACCCAAUCUUGAAACUUAUGCUCUGCUAUUGAACUCAUUGCUUAGGAGGUUUAAUAAUAUGCAUGUGUGCUUUGUGUACCUGCGUGCGGUGCGGUCUUUAUCGAAGCAAAUGAAGGCGUGUGGAGUGAUUCCUGAUACUUUUGUGUUGAAUAUGAUCAUAAAGGCUUAUUCAAAGUGUUUGGAAGUUGAAGAUGCAAUGCAGGUUUUUCGCGAAAUGGGAUUGUAUGGGUGCGAGCCGAAUGCGUAUACUUAUGGUUACAUUGCUAAAGGGUUGUGUGAGAAGGGGAGGGUAGGUCAGGGUUUAGGGUUUUAUAAGGAGAUGAGAGGAAAAGGAUUGGUGCCUACCAGUAGUACAUAUAUGAUUGUGAUUUGCAGUCUCGCUAUGGAACGGAGAUAUGAUGAUGCGAGUGAGGUUGUGCUUGAUAUGUUGAGUAAUUCCAUGUCUCCUGAUUUGUUAACUUAUAAAACGUUAUUGGAAGGAUUGUGCCGGGAUGGGAAGGGUUCCGAGGCGUUUGAUCUACUAGAGGAUUUCAGGAAAGGGGAUAGUAAGAUGGGUGAAAAAACUUACAAGACUUUGUUAAAUGCAUUGCAUUUUGUAAAUGGGGAGUAAUUCAAUACUGGUCCUCUGAGUUCAGUUCAAAUCGUAUAUACCCUAUCCUUGGUUGGAUUCAUAUAUGAGAUUUGAAAUCUUCAAAUAUCAUAUGAGAGAUGCGCGUUGGAUGUAAUAAUAUGACAAUGGCUGAAGAUGUAUUAGCAUUUAUGUUCUGCUAUGCGUUUUGGCGGCUCUCUUGAAUCAAUAUUCAAGGAUGAGUUGGGAUUGCUCAGAAUGUUAUGGAGGUUAGUUUCUGCACUUUCAGUAUACAUUAGAAUCCAGGAGAGUAGAGUUUCCUUUUUUUGAUUGCGGUGCAAGGUAAACAAUUCAAAAUUUCAAGGAGACUUACUUUGUUUAUAAUGUUGUUGGAUGGAGUGGGAACUAAAGUGAAACUCUUUUUGAGAUGAAGUGAUCAUACAGUCAUCCAUUGUUUUGCCUAUCUUGCCCGUCUUCAGAUUGAUACUUGGAAAUCGAACCUCGAGGAUGCCAUUUAUUCAGGUAGUCAUUAUACUUGUCAAUCUAAUAUGGUCAUGCUAACUGAGAUUUGGGAUGUUAUAAGAAGUUGGUUGUAGAACCUUGCAUGGCUUGAAGUUUUGUUGAUCAGUUUUUUAUUCCCUGAA